GCUACAGGGUAGCUACAGGAUUUUGACUGGUCUAGAACUUGGGCAAGUCUGUCCCCAUUCCUGCAGCUCAGCCUUGUACCGACUGCACCUGGAGAUCCUGUGCAGGCAGCUGUUUUGUCCCAGCUUGAGAGUGGGUAGAGGAAGGUGAUAGAGCCAGGAGCUUCAAGCCCUAACGUGGAGCAGGUGUCGUGGCCGCUACUGGUACCCACCCAGAUCCCCUUUACCUAUUUUUUUAAAAAUAAAUUUAUUUGUUUUUGGCUGCAUUGGGUUUUCGUUGCUGCAUGCGGGCUUUCUCUAGUUGCGGCAAGUGGGGGCUACGCUUCGUUACGUGCGCAGGCUUCUCUUGUUGUGGAGCACGGGCUCUAGGCAUGCAGGUUUCAGUAGUUGUGGUUCGCGGGCUCUAGAGCGCAGGCUCAGUAGUUGUGGCUCACGGGCCUAGCUGCUCUGUGGCAUGUGGGAUCUUCCCGGACCAGGGCUCGAACCCAUGUCCCUUGCAUUAGCAGGCGGAUUCUUUUUUUUUUUUUUAAUAAACUUAUUUAUUUAUUUGUUUCUAUUUUUGGCUGCGUUGGGUCUUUGUUGCUGUGUGCAGGCUUUCUCUAGUUGCAGCAGGUGGGGGCUACUCUUUGUUGCAGUGCGUGGGCUUCUCUUGUUGUGGCUACUCUUGUUGCAGAGCACAGGCUCUAGGCACACGGGCUUCAGUAGCUGUGGCUUGUGGGCUCUAGACCGCAGGCUCAGUAGUUGUGGCACACGGGCUUCCGCGGCAUGUGGGAUCUUCCCAGGCUAGAGCUUGAACCUGUGUCCCCUGCAUUGGCAGGCGGAUUCUUAACCAUUGCGCCACCAGGGAAGCCCCCCCUUUAUCUACUGCCUGUUAUGGGUGUGGACUGCCGACAGGUCUCAGUUGCUCCCUAGUCUUGAGAAUCUCUCUUGCAGGAUAAUGCCUGGGUGCUCACCCCCUCCUCCCAGAGGUGGCUCUCAACCAGCGACUGACUAGCAUGGGGUACAAAGGCCUGGCCUGCCUGUCUUAGGGUGGGACAAUUCGGUGGAGUUGUUCACGCCCUAGAGCUCCCAUGGGAUCAGGCUGUGGCUGGGCUCCAGUUCCUUCCCCAGCCCAGUCCUUCUUCCCUCACUCCCUUACAGGUUUCUCCUGAAAUCAAUUCCUUAAUAACUCAUGUGCACAAGAAUCCUCAUUUUGACCUCUGCCUCUAGGAAUUCCCUAACCUAAGACAGCAGGUUAGCUUUCUUUGGGCUGACUGUUGAAUCCACUGUCUCCGCUGAAGAAUUAAUAAUGAGAAUGGGAAUAUUUGCAGGAGAGAGGCACAGUGUGAGAGCUGGGGGUCCAAAGAGAGAAAGCUGUAGGCCUAGGAGAGGAAAGAAACACCAAAUGAAUGGUUUCUGUGUGGUGGUAUAAGUGCUGUGAUGAAGGAGAGGCUGAGGUAUGGGUGCCUAUCCCCCCAACACUGCCCAGGGACAGCGAGAACAGUUUGUAGGAGGAGGUAAGUUUUGGAUCCGGGUCUAGGGAACAUGUGAGUUUGUUUGGGUCUGAAAAGCAUGGGCACACUCACAGAGCAUGAAAAACAGGCGUAGGAAGUUCUUUGUAGCUGGGAUGUCAUCAUCUUCAAUAGCUUAGGAACCUUCCCUUUGUCAAGACAUUCUCUUGGAUCUUAGGGAUGGUUGUGCCCUCAAGUUGUCCUGGGAACAGGCAGGAAGUAGUGGAUGGGUCUUCACAUGGGAAGUGCUAGGUUCUGCUGACAGGCUGCAUGGCAUUGCCCAGGCAUUUAAUGGAGCUGAGGAGAACCCAGAACAUGCCAGGGCAUGAAGUGGUGCCAGAAGAGAGGACUGACUGGUUAGUGGCCUCAACAGGUCUCCACUGUAACUAGUUGACUAGGAGGCUCAUGUCCUGACUUGGCAAGCCCAAUGGUAUUCACAUCUCCAGACAUGUUAGCAGACAUGCUUUGUAGUUAGUAGACAUUCAAUACACAUUUUAUCUUUUAAAGUUUUUCUAAAGAGAAGUUGUACUGAUCUAGAAGUCUUGAGGGCUAAAUGGCCACGUUCACGGGGGGUUCAGUAGGUUUAAAUAUGUUUUAGACUUCUAAAGAGUGACUCCACAUCAAAGAUUAUUUGUGUCAAAUCUGCCCUUUCAUUCCUGUCCCAUUCUGUCUCUCUCCUCCUUUCUCUGUAUGGGAAGCACUGAGCUGUCUCCGUUCUGUGCCUGAGAUGCUGGCUGAUGUGGGAAGCACCCUCCUUCCUCUCUGUCUUGCUUUCCCCUCUUCAAAGAGAUGGUGAAGAUUGGUUCUAUAUUCUCAAGGCAAUGUGGAAGCGAUGCUUGGAAAUGAUCCUUACAAGGCAUUGUGGAGUCCAGGAGGGCUUCAUAAAUUCUUGAUAAUAACAGAGAAGGCAGAAGAAUUGCAGCCAGCUAGCUGAGCAAAUCCCUCUCUUCGAGACUGUAGAUAUUGGCAGGCACCCUUGGCAGAAGUGUCCAAUUGAAUGUGGAUCCCAGCCCCAUCAACCUUCUUCCUCUGACUCUUCCUUGUGUGAGAACAAUACUCUGCUUAAGCAAUAUUGGACUGAACUCUAAAUUUCCGGCCUUUUGUUUGCUCUGCUACUGUGUUUGCCUUAAAGUGUAUGUAAAUGUAGCUGGCUUUUUUUUCUUCUCCAGCUGGCUGGAGGUAGCCAGUGAUUUGUGGUGAUGGUUGGAAAGUUUAUGAAGACAGAUGCAGUUGUUGUCCUUGAGAUAGACAAAGGAGGGGUUGGGUCCUAGAAUCAGCUACCUGUAAUUUCAGUUCAACAAUGUGGUCGGCUGUGUAAGUAUUUUCCUAACAUUCCUAACCCAAGAAACGUAAAAGUAAGAAAAAAGGUGGGGAGAAGUCAGGCUGAAGACAAAGAUUGGGCCAAGUGAGUCUAUAGGUCAGAUUUAUAACAAUGGCCUUGGUGAAGUCACUCAAUAUGUAGACAGAGCUUUAGAGAAUUCCCACAUUUGGGCCAUCAGACUACUUGAUGAUUUAUAUCAACCUGGCCUCUCGUCUGAUGAAAAGAGAAAGGAAGAAUGGACUACAGUCACCAAACUUCCCUAGUCCCAUGUGGACAAGAUAAAUACAUUUCCAAGAACGAACUUCUUCUGCAUCUGAAGACCUACAACUUGUACUAUGAAGGCCAGAAUUUGCAGCUCCGACAUCGUGAGGAAGAAGAUGAGUUCAUCGUGGAGGGGCUGCUGAACAUCUCCUGGGGGCUGCGCCGGCCCAUUCGUCUACAAAUGCAGGAUGACAAUGAACGCAUUCGCCCUCCUCCAUCCUCUUCCUCUUGGCACUCCGGCUGUAACUUAGGAGCUCAGGGCACUAUCCUGAAGCCCCUCACCAUGCCCAACAUUCCAAUCUCAGAGGUGGAUGCCCUGCCUGAGAAUGAUCAGACAUCAAGUCCCACAGACUCCAGGGCCCUGAAGUCCCUGCAGGAAGACACCCCACAACUGAUGCGCACACGCAGUGAUGUUGGGGUACGUCGUCGUGGCAAUGUGAGGACACCCAGCGACCAGCGGCGAAUCAGACGCCACCGCUUCUCCAUCAACGGCCAUUUCUACAACCACAAGACGUCAGUGUUCACGCCGGCCUAUGGCUCCAUCACCAAUGUCCGCAUCAACAGCACCAUGACCACUCCACAGGUCCUGAAGUUGCUGCUCAACAAAUUUAAGAUUGAGAACUCAGCGGAAGAGUUUGCUUUGUAUGUGGUCCAUACCAGUGGUGAGAAACAGAAGCUGAAGAACACUGAUUACCCCCUGAUUGCCCGGAUCCUCCAGGGCCCAUGUGAGCAAGUCUCCAAAGUGUUCCUUAUGGAGAAGGACCAGGUGGAGGAAGUCACCUAUGAUGUGGCUCAGUAUAUAAAGUUUGAGAUGCCUGUCCUUAAAAGCUUCAUUCAGAAGCUCCAAGAGGAAGAAGAUCGGGAAGUAAAGAAGCUGAUGCGCAAGUACACCGUGCUCCGGCUAAUGAUUCGGCAGAGGCUGGAGGAGAUAGCCGAGACCCCAGCAACAAUCUGAGCCAUAGGGAGGGGAUCCAGACGCCGUGGAGGGCAUUGUUGACCUGAGAAGACUCACAGGAAGCUGGGCGCCUUCCAUGGAAACGUUUAAAUGCAAACCUUUCCAGCUCCCAAACCACCAUGGAGAAGCCAGCAGACAACUAACUCCCUGACCUUUUUUUCCCUGCUCCUUUCCUUUACUCACGAGGACUUUCCAUUUUUAUUAUAAGAAGAACCCAAAAUGUGUGUGUGCACGUGUGUGUGCACAUGGUACACAUCCACAUGCCCACAUGAUAUAUUCACAUGCAAUUCAAUUCCAAGCAGCCAGCACAGGUGCUAUGAGGCUGGCAGAUAUUCUGCUUGUGGGCAGGAAAAUCAGAGGAGUCACCGAUCUGAGGGGUUUUAGGUUGAAGAAAAGAUUUCUCCCCUCAAGUGCCAGGGAGCAGCCAUACAUGUCUGCUUGUGUUUAGAAGGGGAAGUGGGCCCAGCAAACUCACCAUUUGGGGUAUUUUUAUGUUAAUAGAUACUCUCCCUGUAUCCCUAGGAAGGAUCUGCAAGUGUGAGAUCCUUGGCAGUUAACAAAUUAAUUAACAAACCAUGCCCUUGGGGCAGUUCUGAUGGAAAGAAAAAGAUAAACCAUCAGUGGGGUAGAUGCAAUAAGCCCACAGGUUUUUACACUGGAAACUUCAAUUGUUUUAAAUAACAAGGACAUUUGUGAUGGUCUGUGUGGAUGCCAGUAAAGAAUGGAUUCUGCCUCCGCCCCCACCUCCCUGGCUACCUCUAGGAGAUAGGGGAGCCUGAUGUUUGUCUCAGCAUGCCAAGCUGAUGACCCCAACUCUUUGGGGCCUCCCUGAGUUGAAAGAAGUAUCUUAUGAAACAGGCCUCACUGGUUUGUACAUGGCGCCUGGUCUUGUAUGGCUGGGAAGUUUCCCUCCUUAGAGAAAUGUGGAGGCUCCUCACAGAAUGACAGGUGCCUGUAAACCCAGCCCAUUUUCAUAUCCAGUGGUCUUCUUGCACUUGGAGCUGAGGCCCUGCGUUUGCAAAGUCAAGGCUUAAUACUUUACAACCACUGGAUUUUUGCAAGUUGCCCUCACGUCGUGUGUGGAGAUGGACUCUAAGAAUGAAGACUUGUCCUGCUACUGACCAAGUGUGGGGUUAAGGGAUACUUCUUGGGCUGCCCCAUGAGAGUGUGUAGAUAGGAUGGAGCUUCUCUCUCAGCUUCUCUGAGCAGCCACCUGGGUGAUCUUUAGAGAGAUUCCAAUGGAGGGGGAAGGGCAGGAAGAGUCUGUCCUUCUGGGCCCCCAUUGGUAAGAUCGCCAGGUAGCUCAGCUCCAGUACAACGGAUACUGUUUGAAGAGCGACAGAUAGAUGCUUGGAGCAGGUGCCUGGCUGUGGAGGUCAACCAAGCAAGGCCAGAAGCUCCUAACACUGAGCCUUGUUGUGGUAGGGAAGCUCCCCAUCUGUUCUCCACCUCUUCUCCAAAGAAGGUUUGGAGAGCUGGGCAGUUGAGGAAAGAAGAGCCACUGAUCCGUGCCUGCAAGGACAGUGGACCUUUGCAGCAGAGCUGUUCCUGCCCAGGCACCCUUGCCCCCUACCUGCCCCUGUGGCUUCCAUGUAGUCUCACUGUUAACUUUCAAAAGGAUGGCAUGCUGCUACCUGGCAUUUUGCUGAGGGUCUCUUAGCAAGCUUACCUCCUCUGUGGGGAGCGCCACCAGCCCUGUGGGGGAUGGACUGGAAAUCUGGAGGGCCUUAGCCUCAAUCAUACACCUCAGUGGGCUUCUGCAAAAUGCACAGAAAAAAAUGGGGGCCCGGGGAGAGGCUUCCUUUGUUACAGAUGGGAAAGGGCAGUUUUGUGAAUGCAAACAUACUUCCUGAGUUUUGCAUUUGAGAAAUGACUUGGAAAAUUUUCUUCCGGUUAUUUUUAUUUUGAAUGUUCAAAGCCUUUGUUGGCCCCAGUAAUCUUCCUUGAGUGGCUAGGGAAAAAAUUUUCCACAAAGCAAAUUACUAAUGGCUAACUUUUAUUGGACAGCCAUUUUUGGUUUAUCAAAGUUCUCUUUAAUUUGCACUAGCAAUAUGAUAGUGGUAAAUAUGGGAGUGUUGCAAAAUGUCAGAUUUGCCAGAUCACUUUCUCAGAAAGUGAUACUGAGGUAGACUUGGCUUUUUAAAGAUGGGGGGUUGGGAUGGAAUUGAGGGGAAAUCGCAUCUUACAUGAUACAUUCCACUUAAUGCAGGCCGCACUUUUCCAUUUUGGCUCACCCUGUUUAGAAAUCAUUUCUCACGUACUAAUGACCCAGUCAGGAAUUUUGGAAAGGUUCUUUGAAAUAGCAGCAACUGAAAUAGAGACCCUCUGCUGUGAUGUGGAGCUGGAUUUUCUCACUGGUAUCACAUGACCUUGCAGCUUUGAACUCCUGGACUGAUUUGUGUGGGUUUAUGUAAUUGUGUGCAAUGAACCUGAAAUCGUGCGAAGAACAAAAAGGCCAAUUUACAGGGUUUUUCCUCACUUGUGAAAAGCGGCAUAGCCACAUCUGAGUCUUUUUCCAGGGGCUUAUGUUACAAGGUGAUCAAAUGAAGGAAAAACCUGAGUUUAUCGUUGGGAAGGGGAUCCAGUCCCCCUGGUGAUGAUGGAAUUAAGCACAAGGUCACAUUCUUAGUCAUCACAUUAGUGGGAAGGUGAGGAGUUAAAUUUUGUGGUGGGGGGGAGUGGUUACCUUGGGGAGGGAUUGAAAAGCACAAACAAUAGGUUUGCCUGUGCAAACUGGUGAGGAAUGUGUACACUGGUCUCCAGACUUGUGGACUUUGUGAGUUGAGGUUGAGGUGGAAGAAUCUCGGAUUAGCCACCUACCCCUGUGACAAAUGCUGAGCCCUGAGGUUGAGGUUUUGGUCUGAGACUUCAAGGAGAAAUAUUUUCACCCUUCCCUCCUCUCUACCAGAAAGAAAACAAUACUCUCUCCUAGGGACCUCCAGAUAAAGACAUUUUAUCUCUGUAGAUAAGACUUUAGGAUAUAAAGACCAAAACAAACAAACAAAAACACUCAAGAAACAAACUCUGUUCUCAGAUGCAAACAUGUCUUGGCAAGAAUUCUUUUCUUUGGAGUUGGGCUGUUAUUUCAGUGUUAGGAGGUUGGAAGGAGAAAUGGACCAGAGAAAAGCAGGAAGCUCUCUUAAGGAAAGAGAAGCUCUCUUUAAAAAAUAAAACUAUUUCAAAGCUCUGUAGCACAGAGAACAUGGUGCCAUAGAUACAUCUCCAAGAGAAAUUCCUAUAUGAACAAAGGAAUUCCAGUGCCUCAUAGUGACAAAACCAUGAUGUGAGGGCCAAGGUAGGAGGCAGAGAUCUCCUUGAACACCUGUUGCAGCAGUACAGAUUCUCGAGUCAAGCCUCUGAAAAUUGUUUUACACAAAGUCUUGUUGGAGGCAGAUGAGAUGAAGAAUGAUCUCCUAGAGAGGUAAAAAUAAAGACAAAUGUGGCACCCCUUCUUUCAGAGGGAAUUGACAGUGUUUACCCUGUCAUGGGAGGUCACAGCGCCCCCUGUGUUAUAGCCAGGCACCAGACAUGGGCAAGCUGUGAAAGGAGAGCCUCAGUUUUCCUGUGGAGUCUCCCCGGCGAUUGCAGACCUAUUUCCCAGGCUGAUGGUUCCUGGUGUGUUACUGCUAGUGUUUCUUAAGGGUUUCCUCACUUGAUUUAGCUUUGUGAAGUAUCUUUCUUCUUAAUCAUAACUUGCUUUUCGAGCAAUGGUACAUGACCUCAUUCAAUGUUUGGUUCUGAAGUUAUAAACUGAUGUGUUUAGGUAUCUUAAUGUAACUUGGCAAGUCCUCAGUAGGGAGCUGUGAAUUUCUGUAACAUUUUGAUAUGUUUUAAAGCACCUGACUUAGAUCUUGUUGAAUAAAGCACUUUCAAAGAGAA